AUGUCAUGUUUGCUUUGUGAGGACAAGUGCCACAACAACGAGAAGCCUGUUGGUUGUCAGCAGGACUUUCAGUGCGUCGCUGCGGUGUUCGAAGCACCCAACUGGUGUCAGCUCUACUCAACUUGCACAGAGUUUCAUGUCGACAGCAAUGCAGUUUCGAUAGUGAAAAAACCCAGCCCCUUUUUCUUGCAGAUGGUCGACGGAGAUGAGACAUGCCGAGGAUCCAACGGAACUGAGAGUGAGCCACACCCGCCUGAAGCCACCCUGGCGACGGCGUUGCCUUUGGCUAUCAUCAACUUGACAAACUUCUCAGGGCUGAUCACCACGAGAAACUUGUCGCACAUGGGAAUGGAGCACCAUUUUGGGAACCUCGGCUCGGAUCUUCAGCUGUUGUAUGACAAAGUGGAAGGCUUCUACAAAGCCCUCCAUGAAGUGAUGGGGGAGGAUGCGGAGGUUCUCUGCCCACGCAACAACUACAUCUUCAUUGAACAUUGCCUGAAAAUCGCAACUUGCCUCCUGGAUCCUAUGGUGAAAGCUGGUCAAGUCCCCAUGGCCUUCUAUGCAUCCAUGCUCGAACAGCUCGUGAACUUUGAAAUUACUUGGCAAGGCCUCGUUCAGGCUUUGGCGGAGGAAGGAAAUGUGACCAUUGUGACACCAGUUCAGCAUGAGUCCAGCAAGUACCACUGUGACCUCUUUGACACAGCGGAUGGGACGACUCUGGCAGUUCCAAUCACGAACACUUCACUCCUUUCCCUGCGCCAUCAGGACAAGAGCCUGUCUCACCAGGAGGGCCAGGAGGGCCAGGAGGGCCAAGAGGGCCAGGAGUCUCAGGCAUUUGCCACGGCAGCUGCCUUGAGUCACGCCGUCAGGGCCACCCAUGAGCUCUUGGACUCGCUGGGUGAUGCCUCGGGUGACGCGAUGGGUGACUGGCAAACUCAAAAUGCAUCCAUGGAUUUCCAGAGGAUUAAGAAGCAGUUCCAGUCGCAGUGGGACGCCAUGUGGCUUCCAGUCUGUCGGAAGAUGAAUUGUGACCACACGAACUUCUGGGAUAUCAUUCUGUCCAGCUAUGGGCAGACCAUGGCACUAAUGCAAACAGGACCACGAGCCUUUGCCAAGGUAAAGGCUGAGAUCCGGAACAGGGCAGCGUUCCUUAGCUGGGCGAGGUUGCAGCGUCGCUUUCAAGAACGGUUGGCAGUUCACCCAGUGUCUCUGAUUCAGGUUUGGCGUAGAGAUGAUGCGCAGCGCUCUUCACUGGGCAGUGCCGAGGCCUACGGCCAUGCUGGGCAUUUGGCUGUGCGCGGCUUCCUGAAGAAAUUCGCGAUGAAGUCACCACAGAGGGCAAUGACUUUGGUUGACAUCGUGGAAUUCGAAAAGUCCAAGAACCAGAAGAACGAGAACGAGAAGAACGUCCAAGGACUUCUUCCGGUUCCGGACAACACCAGUGCCGCUGCCAGCUCUUUCUUGCAAAGUGACAGAAGUGACAGCAUCGCACUUUGGGACUUCUGGAAAAAACUCACUGCUUGCUUUGGAAGCUUCUCGAAGGUGUACUGUCAGGGCUACUUCAUGUCUUGGCCUGCCAAGAUCAGCACAUCCUUUGGAUUGGCGGGCGGAUCUUCCCAUGGACUGGAAGAUUUGAUCAACAAGCUGCAGCCAUCGAAUUUUGUGUCGAUUUGGGGUGCGGUGAGCGUUGGCCAGUCCAUUGCCCAAUUCUGGGCAGGCAUCAGCAUUAGCUUUUCUGUCAGUAUGGGUUGUCCCAACAAAGGGGUCGAGUUCAGCAUCUCUAUUGGAGCUAUGGUGGCAGCAAUGAUACAAUGGUACAAUCCGCUCAUUUGCCCCUUCGGGCCCACUUUCUUUGGAAACCCAUUCAUCCCUUGCUUCCAGGCCUUUGGUGGAACCUUCACCGUAUUGUGUUGCGCCUUCAAUUUGGUCACGGGAGACAACACGUGGCGGCGUUGGCAAAACCCCUUCGAUGCCUCCUACGCUGCCCUCAAGCUUUGGAAAGUCCGCUUAGCGCAAGCUGCAGCAUUCUGCGAAAAUCAGGUGAACACUGUGAACACGGUGGGUAUUUGUGUGCACUGGAAUACUGCCGCCAAGUACUACUUGGACAACGGGGGUGAAGAGCAUCCGCUGGACCAUCGUUUAGCAUCGAGCAUCUUUGAUCCAGUGGCAGAGAUGGCAGAGAUGGCAGAGAUGGCGAUGGCGAGUCGGGAGGCAGCUGAAGCAACGACCUCCGAGAUGGUCGCGUUGCGAAGCCCUUUGGCUGGUCGGUACCUUCAGAUGAACAAAUGGGGCAUUGCAGCCAGUGUUCCUGCCACCAGUGUCGACAAUGGGUGGACAUUUGAGAGGUGGGUCAAGGUCAACGUUGCUGAUAACUUUGCACUUCACAACACCUAUUGGAAUCGCUUCCUCGUGAUGACUGACACUGGCUUGACUGUAAGCAAUUUCUUGGCUGAAGAUGAGCAUGCGAAGCUGCCUGAAGGUGCUUGGUUCGAAAAUGGUCCCGGACUCCUGGGUGCCUCCUCUGUCUACAGCCAGAUGUUCAAGCGAUUUCUGACGAUGACAUCCGGGGGCCAGGUGGGAGUCAGUGAUGUGAAGGACAUCCAAGAGCAUGUUGUGCCACCAAACCAUCACAGGACUACCAAUGUUCCAGAGGAGUGGACAGUACAAACCCAGACUUUCACAAGGAGCGAUUGCCCCAACCUUUACCAUGCGAAGGGCUCCAGCUGCAAAGCGAACGUGAUUGGCAAGACCAUUGCUUUGUGGAACCAUUGGCACAAUCGUUUUGCCCUGAUUAACCGGGACGGCUGGAUGCAGUCAAGUCAGCCAGGAAACACAUUAUGGGAUUCGUCGACUUGGAAAAGAUUCUUGGUGGUGGAUGCUGGUGAUUGGGAAAUUGCAUUGCACUCCGCGGAACACAACCGCUACGUUAGCAUGAAUGGUCAGUUUUGCCUGGCAAGCCAGCUGAUGGAUGAACACGAGUUAAACAAUGCAAACGCUGAUGAACGUUUCAAGUUGGUGGAUGCGGGCAAUGGAAAAGUUGCACUGCAUAACAAGCAACACAACCGUUUCAUGAUGAUGAACAGCCAAAAUCAGAUAGUUGUUUCGGCCGUCAUGAACUGGGAUGCUUUGCCCGCCAAUAAUCAUGAUUGGGAAAGAUUCGUGAUCUACGAAAGCGACUACGUCGCGACAUGUCCGUACCUGAUGUUUUCCAAGAUGGCAAGUUGUAAACCAUGGCUGAUUGGUCAAACAGUGUCCUUCUGGAACCCAUGGCACAAACGGUACAUGCAGAUGGUGAACUCUCAAUCUGCAACACUGCUGGUCACUCCGCAAAUGGCUUCCCCAGAAUCUCUGAGCGAAUCUUCUGAGGAGGAGCGCUUCCGGGUCGUCGACAUUGGCAGCCGCUGGGUGGGUUUGUACCAUGAAGUUUAUCAACGUUAUGUGAUGAUGAAUGACCAAAACAAGUUGAUUGCUGGGCCUGUCUCGACUAUUCAAGCCAUUCCUGCCAACAAUGCAUGGGAGAGGAUCCUUGUAGUGGAUGUUGGGGAUGGCAAAAUCGCUCUGCAUUUCCCGUGGUUCAAUAGAUUCGCCAUGAUGACCUACAGCGACAUGGUGGCGAGCGCAAUCUUCAACUGGCCGCCUGGGAAUGCUUGGAAAUAG